GAUCGCUAAGACAUGUGACCAAAUGGACGGCAACGUCAUCAGAACGCAAAGAAUUAUGGGAAUGUUUGGCUCGUUUACAUGGGCUAGCAUAACAGACCAGUGUUGUAGCAUGAAAAUAAUUUAAAAAAAAUAGCGUGAUAACAGAAUACAAUCCUACAAAAUGCAGCGGGCUAAAGAAAACAUUGUCGGACCAUACCGCCUUAAACUAAAUCAUAAUGCAAAGACGAGGUAUGACGAAAAAAUAAAGGGAAUCAAAGGACUGGAUCCUUAUGAGCAUAGCGACUGGUCAGGGAACGUCAACCUGCUGCCCAACUUCCAGCACCCAUAUAUAUACAACUACAUGAUAUUAAGUGUUAGUGCGUACACGCACAAAGUUUUCAGUAACUUCAAGUCGCUGCAGCAGGCCCAGGUCUUUUUUACAGAUGGGUGGGUCCAGGACCUGGAGAUGGUAAAAGUGGGGCAGAAAACUGUCGUCCGUUCAAAGGUGAAUCACUCCAUGCGACUCAGCCAGAAGCCCCUACAGCCAUGGGUCAUACUUACAGCAUGUGGGGAAGUGGAGAGCGCUCACUGCACUUGUAUGGCUGGUGUGGCAGAGAAGUGCGCACAUGUGGCAGCCCUCCUGUACAAGAUCGAUACAACUGUGCGUCUGCGGGGAAAUGUGACUCCAACAGAUGUUGAAGCGUACUGGGUGAUGCCCUCCAAUAUAACCAAAGUGCAGGGAGUGCCUGGCCAUACUAUUGACUUUACAACAAGCUCUGCCCGAAAAAAGGCACUUGAUCGGUCAGUGUGUGGAGACACCAGCACAGCACCCAAGAUCCGGACCCGCUCAGGUGGCACAUGUUUACCGCAGAAGACACUUGCUGAUUUAAAACCCCUCACAGAACUCAUGCAUGCACACAGGUCCGGACUGUGCUCUGUAAUGGAGGAAUUCUGCCACCUCUAUGUUGACCCCAUUCAGCCAUGUGUCCUGCCCAAGUCACUGCUGCGUCUUCGCGACCCACAAAUGGAUGGCUGUGACUUGUCGGUCCUGCUUCAACACUGUGAGGGCUACGGCAAGGGUCUCCUACAUCACACAGACGGAGCUGCGGCACAGGGACAUGAAAGUGGAAGACUGUGGAUUUAUAAUCAACCCUUCUUUCCCUGAAAUAGGCGCAACUCCUGACGCACUUGUGCAUUGUGCAUGUUGCGGGAAAGGAUGUGUGGAGAUUAAAUGCCCUUUUAAGCACAAGGACCAUAACAUUCUACAGGCAUGUACUGACAAGGAGUUUUGUCUGCAGUUCACAGAAGGAAGGAUGGAGUUGAAGCAGACCCACAAGUACUACAAACAGGUACAAACUCAGAUCUUUGUCACCGAGUCACAGUUCUGUGACUUUGUUGUUUGGACGACCAAAAGCCUUGCAACUGUGCGUGUCAUGCCUGACGUAGAACUAUGGGAGACACUUUUGCCAACAGCACAGACUUUUUUUUACAAGGUUGUCCUACCUGAGCUUGUAGCCCGUCACUACACUCAACCCCCACCCCCUGUGCCUUCAGCUGAGCUACCUGUGCCUCCAGCCGAUUCCCAGCCCACAGACAAACCCAAAAAACGAGCACAGAAGAGCACAGUCAGAAAAACAUUGGCCACAUUACAGCCAGGUAAAACACCCAAGCACAAGGUUGUCCCACCAGCCCCUACCAGCACCCCCCCUUCAGCUGACCUACCUGUGCCUUCAGCUGACCUACCUGUGCCAUUAGUUGAUUCACAGCCCACAGACAAAAACAAAAAACGAGCACGAAAAAAGACAAUCAAAACACCAUUGGCCACACUGCAGCCAGGUAACACCCCCCAGCCCAAAAGAAGGGCAUGUGAAAAGACUGUGUUGUGGUAACCUGACCUGUCAUCCAGGUAUGUUGUGAGCAGUGUCCCCCUUUUAAUCUGCCUAUGUCAACGGUGAUCCUGUGUGUUCGAGUUUCAUGCCAAUAAAUUAUUGAA